AUAUAUUAUAAUCAAUUGAUGGAGAAAAGAAAAGUAGGUGAUUACAGAAAUUCCAAGUUUUAACGAGACUGAAGAAUGUAAAUGGAAAUCACAUCGAAUUCCAAUUAAGCCAAAGAGAAUCUAAACAUGAUUGGACAAACACAGGGACCCAAACUGUAUUAUUGUUAUUUUUCACCUUCUCUCCUGUUAGUUGAAUACCUGCAACUGCAAUUCUCAGAAAAUGCCACAUCUUUUAUUCUCUUGGAUCGAGGAACCCCUCUUCAUCUUUCAUGGAGGAGUUCCAUCGGAGUCCUCUCAAAAUACCAUUAAGUAAAAUGCCUUUCUUCAUAACAUUACAUUAUUAACUAUGCCUUUCUUUUUGUCUAUUCCUUUUUAGUUCACCCAUCUCUCUCUCUUCCUCCUAUAUCAUUUCAAACAUUAACAGGCCCUUAUUUUGCUGAAGAUUGCUGCAUUCCCACCAUGCUCAAGCAAAUCCUAAGCAAACUUCCUCGGAAGUCACCAAAAUCUGACCCACUAGAUUCAGCUGAGAUUAAUUCUGGCAGCAAUUGUUCGAACUUCAGCAAUGUAAUUCACUGUACAAAUGGUGGAAAUGGUCUUUCAAUUCCACUGAGUGUUGUUAAACGGGUCUCUUCGGCUGUUUUUCCUGCUAGCAUCAUGGCUGGAGUUGAGGCUGUGGAGCCUCAUCUAUCCUUCAAAGACGUGUCAAAUCAGCAAAAGCAGAACCUAUUUGUCAGUAAGUUGAAUCUGUGUUGUGAGGUUUCUGAUUUCAGCGAUCCUGAGAAGAAUACUGCCCAGCAAGAUCUUAAACGACAGACACUGACAGAACUUGCCGAUUUUGUUUCUUCUGGAUCUGCAAAAUUCACUGAGCCAGCAAUUUCUGCAAUGUGUAGAAUGUGUGCAAUUAACCUGUUUAGGGUUUUUCCGCCCAAGUGUCGCACUAAUGGUUCUGGUGGUGAAGCUGAAGAUGAAGAACCGAUGUUUGAUCCUGCUUGGUCGUAUUUGCAAAUUGUGUAUGAUCUACUCCUGCGGUUUAUCAGUUCUGGUUCUCUUGAUGUAAAGGUGGCGAAAAAGUACGUAGAUCAUUCAUUUGUUUUGAGAUUACUUGAACUCUUUGAUUCAGAGGACCCAAGAGAAAGGGACUGUUUAAAAACAAUUUUGCACAGAACUUAUGGGAAAUUCAUGGUACACCGGCAUUUUAUUCGACAAGCUGUUAGCAAUAUCAUAUAUCAUUUUGUUUUUGAAACUGAACAGCAUAAUGGAAUUUCUGAGCUGUUGGAAAUUUUUGGGAGUAUUAUUAGUGGGUUUGCAUUGCCACUGAAGGAAGAACACAGAAUGUUCUUAUGCAAAGCUUUGAUUCCUCUACACAAGCCAAAAUCAGUGGGUGUUUAUCAUCAACAAUUAACGUAUUGUGUUGUACAAUUUAUAGAUAAGGAUCCAAAGUUGGCAACUACUGUGAUUAAGGGACUCUUGAAGUACUGGCCAGUAACAAAUAGCCAGAAAGAGUUGAUGUUUAUAAGUGAGUUGGAAGAGGUUUUGGAGAUGACUAGCAUGACCGAGUCCCAAAAGAUAAUGGUCCAACUUUUUCGGCGCAUAGGAUCCUGCCUCAAUAGCUCCCAUUACCAGGUGGCUGAACGGGCUCACUUGCUAUUGAACAAUGAACACAUCCUUAAUCUUGUCAAACAAAAUCGGCAAGUUAUUGUGCCUCUUGUCUUCUCAGCUCUAGAACGGAAUGCCCAGAAUCACUGGAACCGGGCAGUUCUUAAUCUGACACAAAAUAUAAGGAAAAUGUUCUGUGAAAUGGAUGAAGAGCUAGUUCUUGCUUGCCAACAUAAGGUAGAAGAGGAAAAUUCCCUAUUAAUUGUGGAAGCUGAGAAGCGCAAAUUGACUUGGCAACGCCUGGAAACUGCUGCUGGUUUCCAAUCCUCUGCUAAUUAUAUUAUGACUCCCAUGAAGCCUGCCAUUUGCUCUGUUGCUUGCUAAUUGCUUGAGCGUGUUUUUAAGAAAAGGAUCAUGCUACAUCAGUCUGAUUGCCGGAACAGAUGAUGGUCAUUGAAUUUGGGCAGGUUUAGGAUUCAAAUAGGCAUUGUAACUAUACUAAGAUGUUGUGUGAACAGUAAUGCCGCUGUGAUAAAGGUUUAUUGGCAUAUGGGUGUCUAAUCCGAAGAGCCCUAUUGCUUGCAGUUGUGUAUUGACAUCUCUUUAUAUCACUGUCAAAGGCUGUUUGUUUUGCUCAUAACUUUUUCAUAUAAGAAUUGUAUUUUCUUUUCUGGUAAA